CUUCUUCUUCUCUCUCUCUUGUCCGUUGGACGCCAUUGUUCUAACCUUCAAACUCUCUCUCUAUCUCUCUCUAUUUCUCUCUCACACACAACACACACUCUCUGUAUGUAUCUUUGAUUAACAAGUAAAUGCAGUAAAAUGAGUACUAGAACAACACUGAUUCUUAAUCCUUGCCGCCGGUUAUGAAUCCUCCAACCGACCAAUCGUUACCGCCUUUACAGUUAAUUCCACCUCCACAACCUCCGCAGCCUCACCGUUCUUCAUUCAGCUGCGACCGUCAUCCAAGCGAACAGUAUACAGGUUUUUGCCCUUCAUGUCUUUGCGAACGUCUCACUACAUUAGAUCACUCAUCCGCUUCUUCUUCCUCUCGCCGACCUUCCAAUGCCAAUUCCUCUACUGCCACCGCCGCACUUAAGGCCAUUUUCAGAAUCCCCGGCGAGAGAAAUAAGCCUUCUUUCUUACCCGAGCUCCGUCGUACCAAAUCAUUCUCCGCGUCUAAAAACGAGGGGUUUUCUGGCGUUUUUGAACCGCAGAGGAGGUCUUGUGAUGUUAGAGGUCGUAGUACUCUUUGGAAUUUGUUUAAUCAGGACGAUGUUAGGAAACCCAUAUCAAAAAACGAUCAGCUUGCCGAGGUCACGUCUGGUUCACCGGUUCUGGAGUCAAAAGAAGAAGAUGAAGAACACAAUGAUGAUAACAGCAGCGAUGGCGACGAUGGCGACGAUGGAGACGACGGAGAUGAUGAUGAAAUUAGGGUUUUGGAAGAGACGAAUGUCAUUCAAGAACCAACGAUAGAAGAAGAGAUAGUCUCCAUUGAACAGGAGGUGGAGGAGGAGGUGAAAACGAUGAAAGAUCAUAUAGAUCUUGAUUCCCAGGUGAAGAAACCAUCGGGAAUGGACCUUAAAGAAAUCGCGGGAAGUGUUUGGGCGGCUGCUUCAGUUUUCAGUAAGAAAUGGAACAAAUGGAGGCAUAAACAUAAACAAAAGCUAAAGAAACAUAAUGCCGAUGGUGUUUCCUCUGUCGCAUUACCGGUAGACAAACCCAUUUCCCGUCAGUUCCAUGAAACACAGUCGGAAAUCGCUGAUUACGGCUUUGGCAGACGAUCCUGCGACACUGAUCCUCGAUUCUCACUUGACGCUGGUCGAUUCUCACUUGACGCUGGACGUAUGUCAUUUGAAGAUCCUCGCUACUCAUUUGACGAACCUAGAGCUUCAUGGGAUGGAUACUUAAUCGGCAGGACAUUCCCUCGUCUCCCUCCUAUUCUAUCUGUGUUAGAAGAUCCUCCUCCGGCAGUUCAUAGAUCAGAUGUAGAAAUCCCAGUUGAAGAAGAUGAAGAAGAACCUGUCAAUGAGAGUGAAACAGAUACAGUUCCUGGAGGCACAGCACAGACUCGUGAUUACUACUGCGAUUCAACGAGCUCUCGCAGGAGAAAGAGCCUGGAUCGAUCCAAUUCCAUAAGAAAGACAGCAGCAGCAGUGGUGGCUGAAAUAGACGAAAUGAAAACCACUGCACCUGCAUCAAACGCUAAAGUAUCACCAACUACCCUGGAUUACAUUCCAGGUAAUCACAGAGAUUCAAAUUCGAAUUCUUCAGAAACAUUCGAGUUGGGUUUCAAUGGAGACCAGCAUCAACACCAACAGCAACAGCAACAGAAAGCAGCGGCGAUAAAGAAAUCAAGAAGAUGGAUGAAAGCUUGGAACAUUUGGGGAUUCAUCCAUCGCAAGAACAACAACAACAAUGACAGUAAUAAUAUCAAUAAAGAAGAAUUCAACAACGGUGUUCAAAGGUCAUUCUCAGAGACAUGGCCAGACCAGAGAGGGUUUAAUCCAAGGGUUCUUCGUAGUAACAGCAGCGUAAGCUCGAGAAAUUCAUACAACUUGGGAUUAUUCGGGAGCAUGAGGAAACAACAACAGGGUAAUAAUGUUGUGUUGGAGAGCAAUUCUUCUAAUGGUCAUGGAAAACAGAAGAAGAAAAAGAAGGAAGAAUUCGUGCUGGAAAGAAACAGAAGUGCUCGUUAUUCACCAAACGAUGCAGAGAAUGGUCUUCUUCGAUUCUACUUGACUCCAUUGAGGAGUAGCAGUGGACGAAGAGUUCCAAACAAGCUGAACAAUUCUCAUUCGAUCGCUAGAAGCGUGCUGAGGCUCUACUGAAAGAUGGGUUUUUUUCUUUUAAUUUUUAGUUUGAUGUUAAUUUUGAUGUUGUUGUUGUUGGGUCUGAUUCUGAUCCUGAUCAGAGACAGUUUUAUUGUUAUUAUUAUUAUGUAUUCUUAUUA